AGUAACGGCUGUGAGAUCCAGACUAGGUGAGAAUGUUCUAGAUACACGGCGUGACUCCACAUAGUCUAUAAAUACUCCAGAGAGCUUCAUCUGAGUAUUAAUACUCUCACUAAUACUCCACAUACAGGACGAUGGCAGAAGGUAACAGACGACACCCUCCCAAUUUGCAGGGGGUCCUGCGACUGGCUGUGGAGGCGGGCUCCGCCUCAGACGGUCCUGCACUCAGAGAGCCCUUGUCACAGGAGAGGAUAGAGUUCCUGCGGGGGGCGCUAGCCGAGAUGUGUAAGGGUCAGAUGGACGAGGUUGAGCAGAUGAAGCGCUGUGUGUCCGUGCUCCUGCAGGACGAGAAGCACAGAGAGAGCGAGGAGGAGGGAGAGGAGCAGGACGAGGAUGAACGGGAGUCGGCGCUGGAGAUGCUGUCCGAACUUUGUGACAACCUGGACAACGCUAGAGACCUAAUGAAGAUGGGCGGGUUGGAGGUGAGCCUCUCCAGGUGUCUGUGCCACACCCAGGCUGGCGUGCGGUGGCGGGCGGCCGAGCUCCUGGCGUGCUGCGCUCAGAACAUGCCGGAGGUUCAGCUCUACCUGCUCCACCAGGGGGCGCUGAACACACUGCUGCAGCUCACCGACCACGACACACACCCUACCGUCCGCGUCAAAGCCCUCUACGCCGUCUCCUGUUUGGUCAGGGAACAUGAAGAGGGCCUGCGCGACUUCCUGUCACAUGACGGCUUCUCUGUGCUGAUGAGGGGGAUGCAGUCGGACUGCGAGAAGCUUCGCACCAAAUCGUCCUUCCUGCUGCUCAACCUGCUCACCAGCCACCCCGAACACAAAGAUACGGUGUUGAGUAUGGGAAUGGUGCAGCAGUUGGUCUCAGUGCUGCGGACUCCUCACUCCUCUGUGCAUGAACAUGUUCUCGGCGUCCUCUGCUGUUUAGUGGACGACUGUGAGCGAGGUGUAUCUGACUGUACCGAACCCUCUUUGGGUCUGGAGGAGCUGCUGAAGCACAGAAUUCAGGAGCUGCAGGGUCGAGAGGAGAGCCAGGAGGAGCUGGACUUUUGCGAGCACUUGCGAGCGGCUUGUUUCCCAGCUCAGCCACCCGAAGAUAAUGUUAUGGAUCGGUGAAUUCUCAUCGGUGAAUGUUAACCCCUGUUGCGCUGCUAUUGGUCAGAAGAGAGUGCUGGACUGUUUACUUUUUAAUUGACGAAGCCCAAAGGAUGGAGGUGAUCUGAACUGAGCACGCUCAGAACGUUCAUGUACACAAUGCUGUUCAUACUGGAUCAACCUGUACAAAAUAUUUCCAUUCACUGUGACUAAAGUCUCCUUCAGUUUUUCA